AUGGCUUUAAGUCUGUUUUCCAUCAAUAUAAGUUUAGGAGUCGUUCAAGAAGUUCAACCACAGAAUUGUGUCUGUUAUGAUCCUGGCCGUCUCGAUACUAAUAAUUCCACUGUUGCUUGUAACACCACUCACUGUAGCCGUGGCAAUAAUCCUAACUGUAAUGUUGCUGAUCCUGAUUAUACUAUAAUACAUCUUCGUGCUUUUGGUUAUUAUGGUGCAAUCGUGACUUCCCUUGGUUGUAACUGUCCCGGUUAUAACUAUAGUAAUUCUAGUGAUGAGAAUGCUAUGGAUGGUGCUAGUAAUGGUGGAUAUUCCUACACUGAUUGCGAUGGCUUUGGGUGGUGA